AUGGUAAAAACUCGCUCAAAUCAGACUGCAAAUAAAAAAAGCGCAAAACCUGCGGUAAGGAAAGGAAGUAAAACUAAAGAGAAGAAAUUAGCAAAAGAAAACCUAUCGGUAAGCAAUGUUGAUUUCGACCCAAAGUAUAAACUAUUUGAAGCAGCUACAAAAGGCAUUGCUAGCGAUAUUGAAAAAGGAAACAUUUUUCUUGACCAGUUAGAGCAGCUUUCAUGAACAUACCCUGUGCUGAAACGAACGCCUUGCCCAUUUCAAAAUUGUCCAAAGUGCUCGCAACUUUAUGACACAAAAGAUAAGCUUCCGAUUUGCCUGCCUUGUGGACAUACUUUUUGUAAUAACUGCAUAAAGAAAUGUUUAAUAACCCCAGGCCGAGGUUUGUGUCCAUUAGACAAUAAAGAAUUUUUUUCUCUUAUCGAUUUCCUGCCAGUAAAUUUCGCACUUAUAGUUGACAUUGAAGAAGUGCCACAGCGCUGCUCGAUUCAUCGGCUUAUUUUGAUAGGGUAUUGCCGUGACUGCAGCAAAUUGAUAUGUGGUAGAUGCAUGUUUGAUCAUAAAACUCACAAUUGUUUUGAUGUAGAUUCGGAUGAAGCGCUAAAGAAAGCUGAUUAUAACUACGAAUUGAUUGCUAAUUUAGAAGCAAGCUUAAUAAAACAAAAGAAUAUUUGGGCUGAAGAGUUCGAAAUGAUGAAGGUUUACUUAGGCUUGAUUGAGCAAUUUAUAAAAAAGUAUGACGAUGAAAAAAUGCUUACUGACAUCCUAUGAGCGAACAAAACCCAUUGGAAAAAUCCUUGUUUUUGGAUAAAAAAAACACCCUAAAAAAAGGUUCAAAAUAAAAAUUUUUGAUGAAAAAUAAUUUGAAGUGUAAGCGAUAAUUAUUAUAAUGAAAUCUCUAGCUAAAUUCUGUUGAAUUUUAUACAAAUUGCAAUUUAAAACACAAAUUUUUUCAAAUUAAAUUUAUUUUUGUGAAUUGUGAUUUUAAAUUUUGAAAAAUGAUAAAAAUUAUUGAAAAAAUCUAACUCCCUCCCUCCGUGUUCGAACAAAACCAUUGGAAAAAUAGCCGAAAAUUCACCCUCUUCAGUGAGUGUGACGAAAAAUUUUUGAUAAAAAAAUUGAUAUAUAAGUGACAAUUAUUAUAACGAAGUCUCUAUCUAAUUCUGUUUAAUUUUAAACAGCUUGCAUUUUUAAAACAUAAGUUUUACAAAUUAAAUUUAUAUUUGCUUCUCAAUUUUUACAAAUUGGAAUUUUUGUUAAAUUUUGGUGUAAAAAAAUUAACCUCCAUAAAAAAACAAAAAUUUUUUUUAUUCGCCCACAGGGGAGUAAACAAAAAUAUUUUUUGAUUCACGCACCAAGGCCUGGGAGUUAAGGAUAAACUUGCUAUGGAUAUGGGACUUAAUGAUGACAGAAUCAUUAAACUGGUUAUCGAUCUUAGGCAUCUUUUAAAUGGAGAAUUAAGAGCAUUAAUGAACAAAAUUGCAGAGUGCCUGGCUAAACAUGUAGGAAUUUUAGCAGAUUUGAAAGCAAACUUUAAACAGAUGACACUGCUUGAUAGACUUUGCUUAUGCUUGGAACAUAAUUUCGAUUUAAAUGCUCAGCCAAGUUCUAUCAGUGCUGUAGAGAGAUUAUAUAACGCACUUGAGACUGUAGAAAAAUUAAAAGAUCCAAAUAAUCAAAAUUAUAUUUAUUUACAAUAUAUAAAAAAAUCAUACUGGUAAGGGCGCUCUCCUAUUUACUAUAAAUUUUUAUAUUACAGCAAAUAUAAUGCCUAUAUUUCUUUAUAAGUAAGCAUAA